GAGAUGCGCCAAGAGCGCCGGGACGCAGUUCCACCGCAAAGGGAUAACUUCUGAGAAAUGGAGAGAGCCAACAGAGAAAGAUCUGCGAGCCGACAGCACGGCCGUGAUCGUCCACGAGAAAGAUCAACUUGCCGCGGAUCAACUCCGCCUUGGAGAGAAGAACGCCGUGGACGCCAACGUUCUGCAACUCUUCAAGAGCGAAGAACACCCAGCAGAACUGAUGACAAUCCUCAGCAGAACCGAUCUCACGGUCAAGGAAAAGGGGCACACUGGUUGA